ACGAAAAAAGUCCAGUUUCGAACGCCUACGAGGCUAACUAAGGCUGUACUAAAAGGCAUAAAAUGGGCAAUAAUUUUUAGUUUUGUUCACAUCUAUCAUCCGUGAUAUACCUUGAGUAAAACGCUUGAUAAUUGAAAAAGACUUGAGCAACUAACGACGACGAAGAUGAUGAAGAAUCAUACCAUCAUGCUUGUUGUCCUUCUUGGCAUGGAUUUUCUAGUUAAUGGUCUGUCACUGAAUAAUCUGGAGGACGAGAAAAUAAUGGAUUUCGACGCAGAUAAUGUUCCUGCUGAAAAACGAAACUUGUUGCAGUUUGGCAAAAUGAUCAGAUGUGCAACCGGGAGAUCCCCCUGGAAAUACAAUAACUAUGGCAACUAUUGCGGAUCCGGGGGAAGUGGCGUCCCGGUAGACGGAGUUGACAGAUGUUGUCAAGCUCACGAUCGGUGUUACGAUAAUAACGACCACUGCAACCCGAAGUGGAAGUCCUACAACUACGCGACUGCAGGAACUUCCCCUUCGUGCCGCAUCACUUGCGGCGGUAGUUCCAGUAAUGACCAGUGUCAAACGGACGUCUGUGAAUGCGAUAAAGUUGCAGCUGAGUGCUUUGCACGUAACACUUACAACAGCAAUAACAAGCAUAAGUAACGAAAUCCUAAUCAAUCAGGGGAUACUAAGCGAAAACAUCGUUACAGUAGUAUAUCAAUGAGAUUCUUUUAAAAAGGAAACCCAGGGUGUUAAAGACGAUGUGAAUCAAAUAGUGGUAAUAAAAUAAGGUGAAAAAUGUUCAA